UCGUUGUACUGGCAGAAACGCGAAUAACAACUACUUUUCGUGACAAUUUUGCCCCGGUUUUCCGUUGCGAAAAGUGCUCCUACAGAAUCUCGGAUAGCAGUCAAUCUCACGGCCGGAAGCACGAGCAUCAGGAGAGACCUAAUGCCCAAGCACGCAGCGGCAUUGGACAUCAGCAGUAGUGAAGAAAUGCGUACCGACAAAGCGUCAUCAGCAGUCACCGGCAGCGGCGGAACGGUGACCAUGGAACAGCAACUGCCGGCGGAUUCGAUGGGACUGAUCGACGUCGAUGGCUACCGGAGGUUGAUGAAGAGCUUUAUGGAUAUGCGGCGAUACCAGACGGCGUUAUUUUGGGCGGAGAAGGUGACCGUUCUGAGUAACAACGACCCGCGGGACGUGUAUUGGCAGGCUCAGUGCAUGUUUCUGCUGCGGGAGUACCAUCGGGCGGCGUACAUCAUUCGCAGUCGCGGUUUGGACAAGCGGAAUCUUCUGUGUCACUAUUUGGCCGCGGAAUGUCUUACGGAAGCAAAGGAGUACCAGGAAGCGUUGGACAUUUUGAAUUCGGUUGAUUGUGAAGUGCUGGCCAAGAAUAUGGGCACGGGUAGGAAAGAUGAAUCAACGGUGGGAGAGGAUCCAGUGUUUGAUGAACCGAACAAAAGUGAUGUCCUGGCGUCGAUCUAUUUCCUGAAGGGGAAGAUCCUGGAAGCGAUGGAUAAUCGGAUCUUGGCGAUGGAUUGUUACGUGCAGGCGUUGCACAGGUCGGUGUAUUGUUCGGAAGCGCUGGAUGCGCUCGUUCAGCACGAGAUGCUGAUGGCGUGGGAGGAGAAGGAACUUAUGCAGCACAUUCCCAUGGAGCAACAGUGCUCGGAAGCAGAGCGGCGAAUCCUGAAGCGGCUGUACGAAAGUAAGCUCAAAAAGUACUACGAAUCGGUUGCCCCUCAGACCAACACCGAGCAGACUCCGAUCGGGACGAUCAGUACCGAUUUGCUGCACGAACUGACGGAGAAGCUGAAGAACAGUAAGAAUAUAGAGAGUAAUAAGGCAGCAGCUGCGGCUUCGUCGCUACCGAAGAACUUCACGACACCGCUCCCGAAUAAGCUCAUGUCGCCGGUGAACAAGAUUCUGGACGAGAUCAAGAAUACGCCGUCCUAUUUGAUACAGUCAUCGCUGUCGAAGGCAUCCUCCUUCCUUGCAUCCGGCGGUGGUAGCGGAGGAGGUGUUAGUGGUGGGAGCGCUUCCAGACAGGAGACGCCCUACCGGAUCAAUCGACCGGUCAGUAUGCAGAGCCCGUCGGCGAUCAACAUUCAAAACUGCUGCGAUCGGCUGGACAACUGUGUCGAUUUGGUCGUGUCCAAAGCGGAAAAGUAUUUCUACAACUGCGACUACAAAAAGUGCAUGAAGAUUAUUGAUGAGUAA